AUGCGUUUUUUGCACCUGAUCAGACCUGUCAUGUGCGUGCUGCCCGAAGUGGCGCAUCCUGAUCGCAAGAUUCCUUUCCGAGAGAAAGUUUUGUGGACGAUCAUCACGCUCUUCAUCUUCCUCGUAUGCUGCCAGAUUCCACUUUACGGCAUCCAGACGUCUAAGUCGUCGGACCCGCUUUAUUGGAUGCGUGUGAUCCUGGCCUCGAAUCGUGGAACGCUAAUGGAGCUAGGAAUUAGUCCUAUCGUGACCUCCGGUCUUGUGAUGCAGCUCCUUGCUGGCUCCAAGAUGAUUGAAGUUGACCAAUCGCUUAAAGAGGAUCGUGCGUUGUUUAGUGGAGCGCAAAAGCUGUUUGGCAUUCUCAUAACCCUUGGUGAGGCUGUAGCCUACGUCGUCUCUGGUAUGUACGGCAAUAUCUCGGACAUUGGCGCUUUCAACGCAAUUCUUAUCAUCCUGCAGCUGCUUUGCGCUGGUGUACUCGUCAUUAUUCUUGACGAGAUGCUGCAAAAAGGCUACGGACUAGGAUCGGGUAUUUCGCUCUUUAUCGCCACUAACAUUUGCGAGAACAUCGUCUGGAAGGCUUUCUCUCCUACGACCAUUAACACUGGACGUGGUACUGAGUUUGAGGGUGCUAUCAUCGCUCUUUUUCACCUGUUGAUCACUCGUUCAGACAAGCUGCGCGCACUUAAAGAAGCCUUUUAUCGUCAAAACCUGCCAAACAUUACCAAUCUUUUGGCCACAAUGUUUGUAUUUGUCGUCGUCAUUUACUUCCAAGGCUUCCGUGUCGACCUGCCGGUUAAGUACCAAAAGCUUCGCGGCCAACAGGGCACGUACCCCAUUAAGCUCUUUUACACGUCAAACAUGCCCAUCAUCUUGCAGACCGCGCUAGUAUCUAACCUGUAUUUCAUCUCGCAAUUGCUCUACAGGAAGUUUAGCGGCAACUUUCUCGUACGUCUACUUGGUGUAUGGCAAGACAUGGAAGGUGGUGCCGGUCAGACUGUGCCUGUCGGUGGUGCUGCAUACUACAUGUCGGCUCCCCAUAACUUGGCUCAAAUUUUGUACGACCCGAUUCGUUUUGUCAUCUACGUCAUCUUUAUUCUUGGUUCGUGUGCGCUCUUCUCGAAGACUUGGAUUGAAAUUUCGGGCUCGUCAGCUCGUGAUGUUGCCAAGCAGCUUCGUGACCAACAAAUGGUAAUGAAGGGCCAUCGUGACUCGUCUAUCGUGCACGUACUAAACCGCUACAUUCCUACGGCAGCAGCUUUUGGUGGUAUGUGUAUUGGCGCACUUACAAUGGUUGCUGACCUUCUCGGCGCCAUUGGUUCUGGUACUGGAAUUUUGCUGGCCGUGACUAUCAUUUAUCAGUACUUUGAGACGUUUGCUCGGGAGCAGGCUGAGAUGCCACUUAGUGGUUUGUUUGGCUUCUAA